UGCGGCCCGGCGGCCGUCGUGGCGGGGUGGUGCGGUGCGGGCCGGGCCGGGGUGGGGGCGUGUGGCGACGAUAGUGGAAGGUGGUGGGGAUGCAGCAUGGGCGAGUCGCCGGGAGCCCUGUACCGCACCACCGGCUCCACCUUGCUGCACCCGCUGAGCGGCCUGCUGGGCAUCCCGCUGGACCAGAUCAAUUUUGUGGCCUGUCAGCUGUUCGCCCUUUUGGCUGCGUUUUGGUUUCGUAUUUACUUGGGUCCCAAUCAUGCCAGCUCUGCUGUUCGCCAUGCAUUUGCCACUCUCUUUGGAAUAUACUUUGCUGUCUUCUGCUUUGGGUGGUACUCCAUUCACCUUUUUGUCCUGGUGAUGAUGAGCUAUGGCAUUAUGAAUAUGGCGAGUAUUCCCAACAUCCACAGGUACUCCUUUGUCGUAGCUAUGGGAUACCUCACGUUGUGCCACAUCAGCCGCAUAUACAUCUUUCACUAUGGCAUUCUCACUACAGAUUUUUCUGGUCCACUGAUGAUAAUUACGCAGAAGAUCACAACUCUUGCAUGCCAGUUACAUGAUGGUAUAGGGCGACAAGCUGAGGAACUCACUGCUGAGCAAAAUCGACUUGCUGUAAAGACAAAGCCUUCUCUACUGGAGUAUUUAAGUUAUCUCCUCAAUUUUAUGAGCAUCAUAGCUGGGCCUUGCAGCAAUUACAAGGACUAUGUAGCCUUCAUUGAAGGGAGGCACGUGCACAUGAAACUAUUAGAAGUGAACUGGAAGCAGAAGGGUUAUGACAGACUUCCUGAUCCUUCUCCAACUGGAGCAGUGAUGUACAAAUUGUGUAUCACACUAGUAUCACUCCUUUUUUUCUUGACACUUACCAAGAACUUCCCUAUGGCCUAUAUUAUUGAUAAUGAAUUCCUUGCUAAAACACCCUUCUUGUCAAGACUUGGUUACCUGUAUGUGGUAACUCAGGCAGCAAAACCAAAGUACUACUUUGCAUGGACAUUGGCAGAUGCAGUCAACAAUGCAGCUGGCUAUGGCUUCAGUGGAGUUGAUGAGAGGGGCACUUUCCACUGGGACCUGUUGUCCAAUUUGAAUAUCUGGAAUAUUGAGACUGCAACAAGUUUUAAGAUGUACAUUGAAAACUGGAACAUUCAGACAGCUGCCUGGCUAAAGCGUGUUUGCUAUGACAGAGCUCCUUGGUACCCUACAGCUUUAACAUUUGUCCUGUCGGCCUUGUGGCAUGGUAUCUAUCCUGGAUAUUACUUUACAUUUCUCACUGGAAUCCUUAUCACACUUGCAGCCAGAGCAAUAAGAAACAACUGCAGACAUUACUUCCUCUCGUCAGUGCCUCUCAAGACAGCCUAUGAUGUUCUUACCUGGGCUGUCACCCAACUGGCUGUGUGCUAUACUGUUGCACCGUUUGUUAUGCUGGCUGUUGAGCCCACAAUUAAGUUUUACAAGUCUAUGUAUUUUCACAUGCACAUUCUAAGCAUCCUGGUGUUGCUUGUGUUACCGAUGAAACCUCAAGCCCACUCCGUAAGAAAGCCUCAGAAUCAGGCCACGCAGAACUCUGUUAAAAGCAAAGAGAAAUGAUUCCUCCAAAGAAAAUUGCCAACUUUGGGAAAUUGGAUUAUUGCAUUGGAAACCAACAAUGAAGAAGGAAAAUGGGUGGAAUGAGGGUCAGAAGUACAAGCCAAGUGGCAUUUUUAUUGGUUAGUUUAAAAUCUUACUGGACAGGGCAGAUGAGAGCCUGAAUGAUCGUCUUUAAAAUUACUCCAGUUGGCAGAGAUUUUACAGGCAACGUUUACAGGCUCAUGGGGCAUUUUUUUUUUAAAUAUAAAUAUUUUUAUGAUGUUUUUUUAUAUAUUUAAACUUUUUUCACACAGGCAUUUUUGCUCUUUUACAGAAAUAUGCAAUUAUUAAUCAAUAAUUUUAUGAUCAGAGGGACAGGAAGCACCUAGCAAAGAGUUAGAGCAGCUGCCUGAUAGCCUGGUGCUGUGGACAACUGGCUUGGGAUGUUUUUCAUCUUCUAAAUGUGGAAAGAGAUGGUGUAAGUGGAAAACUAUGGACAUGGGGUUGCUCAAGGUGCUGGCACUGACUUCUGCCUCUGUGGGGAAAAUAGGGAGGAGAAGGGAUUUCCUUGGCAGUCUCCAGAGCAGGGACUACAGCCUGAGCUUGGCAGCAAGGGUAUUUCACAUCCUACUAUGUGAUGCCUGCUGGUUAUGAGGGCAAGACAAGUCCCUUGGGAGUAGGUGAAUAGGUGUUUGGGAGCACUGGUAACUGGUUAAGCCAAAAAUCUAAAGUCAGGUAAAAGCAAAAUGGAAGAGAAGGGCAGGGGGAAACCUAGAGUAAAAGGAGAGACAUAGACGCUGUGAUCUGUAGAGUUGUGCUUCUCUAAUGAUGCAGCUGGUGUCAUUGCUACCUACAUCAGCCUUACUUUGCAGUCUUAGCACGAUGCAGCACUUCCAUUUGAGUAUCAAAAUAAAUGAGGAGCUGUGCAGAUUUUUGUCUUUUAAAGCUUGCAGUUACAGGUUAGGUCUGAAAAUUGUUUGUAAUGGAUCAAGCUGCUCUAUUGAAAACCAUCCUCUCUUAUGGAGGGGUGACUUUCCAGCAGGGUAACACUAAUAUGCUACCUGAACAGUAAUUACCAUAGGUAUAAUAAAUCAUUCUCCACAGAAUAUUGUGAUGUGAUAGAACCAUCAGCACAAUAGUGAAGACCAAGUCCUUGUAUGAUCAUGUGUCUUAGCAUAUGGAUGCAAGUUUCUUUGCUUGUAAAUUCCUUGGCUUACAGGGAUGUUUUGAGGCGUAAUUUCUACAAAGCUUGUUGUACCUUGAGAUAACCUGCUGCAAAAUGCUGUGUCAGGUUUUUCUAUUUCACUUACUUUAAAAUCCACUUACCCCAAUACAACAGACUGGUAUGAGACAUCAAAAACAACUGCAUUUCAAUGACUGUGUGUCCAGGAUUGUUUUUAUCAGGAUUUUGUAGGAGAAAAUCCCUUGUUACAGUGCUGGUGUUGUUUUGUGGUUUAACUGAUGUGUGAUUGAGCAAAGAAUCUGCUAGUUAUGGCAUUUGGAUUUUUGUGUCAGAUUAAGAUUUUGCAGGAUCCUAAUGUUUUGGGAAGAAACAAGUUGGUGAAACCAAAACAAGUUACAAAAAUGUCUGGUUUUUUAUUUUUGGUUGGUUGUUUUUUUGGGUUUGCUUUUUUUUUUUCCCCUCUAGUGGGAAAUUUUUUGUUCUGUGACCACCUCACAAUUUAGAGCAUAGAUCAUGGGAAAGUUUAUUUGAUAUUUAUUUAGAAGGCAAGAUGGGAGUAAAAGGUUGAUCUGAAUAAAGAAAUUGCUUUGUGUCA